AUGUGCCCACUCACUCUCUCCUCCCACCUCCACCCGAGCCACCCGCUCGACCUCGUCUACCUGUCCCUCGGUAGGGUCUGCGACCUCUGCCGCAAGGAGGUUUGCGGCCUGUACUACAGGUGCGAGCCAUGCGGGUUCGACAUCCACCCACUGAGCACGGACCUGCCGGUGACGGUGGAGUACGCCAUGCACCCCCACCCACUCCUCACACUCAGGUGUGACGAGCCUCGUAAAUGCGCAGUCUGUCAGCAUGUGUGUGAUUCCUGGCGGUACACCAGCCACUGCAAGGGGUGCCCCGUUGACGUCCAUCUAAAGUGCGCGUUGCAAGAGCCAGCGCUGGAUCGCCGGACCAGGACUGCUCCGGCGUUUUCGCAUCAUCACGGAAGCUGCCGGUAG